GCAUUUCCCAACCAUGGAUGCGACGCCCGAAACCAGUGCCAUGACCGCCGACGAGCUCGAGAAGCAAGACUUGGCCGAAGCGAUUGAUGCAUGGAACAUGAUUGUCGACGAACUCUUUGAAAUGUACGACGAGAACAACACGGGCGUCCUCGGGAAGCGCAAGGCCAUACAGUGCAUGCGCGCGAUCGUGACUAUCGCCAUGGGCAAAGAAGAAGCCGACAACUUUGACGGCCGUGAGUGGUUUGCACAAAACGACACCAAAAACGCCGGCCACGUGACCAAGGACGCCAUGAAAUCGUUCUACACUGACGGGUUGCUGCCGUAAUUCCUUCCCUCUACGUAAUUCCUCCCUUGACUAACAUUAAAUGCAUGUAUAUUCCGUGCGGUUCUACAACA